AUUCAAAAUGUUUUAGAAAACUAGGAACUUCUUGCUAGUCAUCAAUGGCCUUUCAAAGGCAAGGCAACCUAUUCGCGCUAAAGACCAGUUCUCUAACGGCCAACCGCUGCGCGCUCUCAUACACUCACUCUUCUAUCCCGCUCCCGCGCUCUUCUAUUCCUUCUCUCUAUCCAUCUCGAUUUAUCAUUCUUCCUUCCGUUGCAUCUCCUCUCUGUUUCUGACCAUUGAUCGCAGUAUGGAUGAAGAAUACGACGUCAUCGUUCUCGGAACCGGCCUCAAGGAAUGCAUCAUCAGUGGCCUCCUCUCCGUUGACGGACUCAAGGUACUGCACAUGGAUAAAAAUGAUUAUUAUGGAGGAGAGUCAACUUCCCUUAAUCUAAUUCAGCUUUGGAAGCGGUUCAGAGGAAAUGACCAGGCUCCAGAGAGCUUGGGUGCAAGCAAAGAGUACAAUGUUGAUAUGAUUCCAAAAUUUAUGAUGGCAAACGGUGCUUUAGUUCGAGUGCUUAUUCAUACUAAUGUUACUAAAUAUCUGAACUUCAAAGCUGUUGAGGGUAGUUUUGUUUACAAUAAAGGCAAGAUCUACAAAGUCCCUGCUACUGAUGUUGAAGCACUGAAAUCCUCACUGAUGGGGUUGUUUGAAAAGCGUCGUGCCAGAAAGUUCUUUAUUUAUGUGCAAGAAUUUGAUGAGUCAGAUCCGAAGACUCAUCAGGGAAUGGAUCUAAACAAUGUCACAGCUAGAGAGUUCAUAGCGAAAUAUGAGCUUGAAGACAACACAAUUGAUUUUAUUGGACAUGCCUUAGCUCUUCAGCCUGAUGAUACGUAUUUGGAUCAACCAGCAAUGGACUUUGUGAAGAAAGUCAAGCUAUAUGCAGAGUCUUUAGCACGCUUCCAAGCAGGAUCGCCGUAUAUAUACCCAAUGUAUGGACUUGGGGAAUUGCCUCAGGGAUUCGCACGUCUUAGUGCGGUUUAUGGUGGGACAUACAUGCUAAACAAGCCUGAGUGUAAGGUGGAAUUUGAUGAAAGUGGCAAAGCCUAUGGUGUGACCUCUGAAGGUGAAACAGCUAAAUGCAAGAAGGUUGUUUGUGAUCCAUCAUAUUUAACUGACAAGGUCCAGAAGGUUGGAAAGGUUGCUCGUGCUAUCUGCAUAAUGAGCCAUCCCAUUCCCAACACAAAUGACUCUCAUUCUGCUCAAGUUAUUUUGCCACAAAAACAACUUGGUCGAAAAUCAGACAUGUACUUAUUCUGCUGCUCCUAUUCUCAUAACGUUGCUCCCAAAGGAAAAUACAUCGCCUUUGUUUUGAGUGAAGCUGAAACAGACGAUCCAGAAACGGAACUGAAGCCAGGCGUAGACUUACUUGGAGCUGUGGAUGAAAUAUUUUAUGAAACCUGUGACAGAUACAUACCUAUUAACGACUCUGCAGCUGAUAACUGUUUCAUAUCUACCAGUUAUGAUGCAUCAACUCACUUUGAGUCCACAGUACAGGAUGUGCUAGACAUGUAUACCAGAAUUACUGGAAAGGCGGUUGAUUUGUCUGUGGACCUGAGUGCUGCAAGUGCCGGUGGUGAAGAUGAAGCUCAAUAGAUUUAUUUGGUAACCAAAAGGAAGUUCCAUUGAACUCCAACAGAAGAUUGCUAGUGGAGUAGUUUCUGGCUGUGUAGUAGUUAGUUCUUGCAGUGUUUGCCAUUGUUUUUCUUAAGACGAUUUUUUCUUUUCACUCCACUGCAUUUUCAUCACUAAUGGAUAUUGUGAUAAAAAAUAAAAACCAAAAGAAACUUUCCAUUGUGAAAGUUGUAUCCUGAAGAGGGUAAUGAUUAUCAU